UUAAUCACCUCUGUUUUUUUUUAUUUUUUGCUAAACAAACCAAAAACAACUGAACAUUUUGAAAAAUGUUUUUUCUUAGUUUCGGUUAUAAAAUUUUGUAAAUAAGUGAUUUUUCUCCUUCACUGAUGUGCAAUAUUGAGGCUGCAGUGGUGGGCACUGAUAGACUUCACUGAUGGGCACUGAUGAGGAGGCACUGAUGGGCACUGAUAUGUGGCAUUGAUGUGGCACUGAUGGGCACUGGCAGG